UAAUUUCCUUGCUGUUCGCCGGGUCGUUCCUCCUUUUCUCCUCAAGUCUGGCGCCGCAAAAGCCUCUCGCCUCGAAGGAUUUCUUCUCCUCUGCCUCGCCGUCCGGCCGCCGUCCGCGCGAAGGGAGACAAGGCGGCGACGAAGAGAGCCACCCCUCCUCAGAGGAUGGUCGCGCUCGCGCAGCCACCUUCCGCGGUCAAGGGACCCAAAGGAGAGGCGGAGAGGAAACAGAGCGACGCACAGGGAAGAGGAGGAAACGGCGGCGGCGGUGCAGGUGGCGGGGGUGGAGGUAGAGGGAAGAAGCGGAAGAACAAGGAGGUUUUCAUCUACGGAAACUACAGGAACUACUACGGCUACCGAAUUGAUCGUAACGUUGGUGAAGAUCCCCGCCUUGAGAUAUUCAAGAAGGAGUGGUUUGCAGGCAAGGAUUGUCUCGAUAUUGGAUGCAACCAAGGUUUGGUCACAAUCGGUCUAGCGAUGAAGUUUGUGUGCCGAAGCAUCCUUGGAGUUGACAUCGAUAAAGGUUUGAUUGAAACUGCUAACUGGAAUUUAAGAAGGAUAUCUCGAACAGGCAACGUGGCUCCGGAAAGUGCCAAGGUUCAUAACUCGUCAGACUCCACAACUCAGAGCUGUCGAGAAGAAGUGGUAUCUGAGAUGCCAAAUGGAAAUAUUUCUAAACACGAACAACCUGAUCUUUUUGAAAUUGUCUCUUUUCGGUCUGAAAAUUUUGUCCAGAGCACACACAGAUAUACAGAACAGUAUGACACCAUCAUGUGUUUGAGCGUGACAAAAUGGAUCCACCUGAACUGGGGUGAUGAUGGCAUAAUCACUUUGUUUGUGAAGAUAUGGAGUCUUCUAAGACCGGGAGGGAUUUUUAUCAUGGAGCCUCAACCUUGGACCUCGUAUAGGAAAAACAGAUUAGUGUCGGAGGUUGCCAAAGAAAACUUCAAUGAUAUCUGUAUAUAUCCUGAGAAAUUCCGGGAGAUACUUCUGGACAAGGUAGGAUUCAGGUCAGUAGAGGUGAUUACCAACAGAUUGGUUGGUUCUGUCGCUGGUUUUGAUCGCCCAAUUGAAGUUUACCACAAAUGAUGGAAUGAGAUUGGCACUUGCCUCUUACCCAGAGGCUCAUGUGAUGCUUCGGGUGCGUAAGUUUGGUGCUGCGGGAUUUGUCGAGCUUCACCGGUGCUUUCUUUGGUACAAAUAUUGUUGAGGAUAUAGACCUGGGAGUCACCCGCCAGGAGGGCCGGAUUACACUAAGGGUCAUUGCCAGAAACCCGGAGCUAAGUUCCAAGAUAAUGGGCCAGAGAUGGGCUGAGACCCGGAUAUGGCUUAAAGCUCGUAGUACAAUCUUUAUUGUUAUAGUAGAACUUGUAGUAUAAGGCAAGUAUUGUUUAGAGUCCGAGCCGGACACUCUUAUGAGCCGGCCGGGACUCUAAGGGCCGCCGGGUCGUCCUCUUGUGGUGUACAUAUUUAUCUCAGACAUAUAUAUAUUAUGAUAAGCAAUAAAGCAGGACCUCUGUCCUUUUUUCUCCUCCAAA